AUGUUUGGAUUACGCCGCGAGUUUUGUCCACAUCUGGUAUGGUUCCUACUAAAAGCAGAACUAUAUGGAUCCUGGAUAUUUGGACUGUUUCCCUUUACCUUUGACACCCGAAAAAAACAGCUAAGAUGCUCCCAAUGGCUUCAGUUCUAUGGUUUAAUCGCAAAUUAUUCCGUUCUGGGCCUACUGGUGUACAUGGGCUCCAGAAGUCUAAAGCAACACAAACUGGAAGUCUUUAAACGAAGUCCUCUGCUGGAAUUGCUAAACAUGGUAAUAGGAGUGAUGGGCGUCUUUUCGGCCGCAGUGAUACACUUUAUGAACUUUUGGGGAUGCAAAAAAGUACAGGAGAUCGGCAAUGAGCUAAUAGCCCUGGAAUAUCAACACUUUGACAGUCUAAACCUAAAGAGUUGCCCCAAAUUCAACGGCUUUGUAAUACAAAAAUGGAUGGUCGUAAUGGGACAGUUGAUAUGUUUUUUGACGGUGAACUAUGGAAUGCCUGGAAAUAAAUAUGGCGUGUUAUUGGUGCUCGUAAGCGGCCUAAUGCAAAUAACCCUCAAUCUUAAUUUAAUUCAUUAUUAUGUCGGGAUACUUUUCACCUAUCGCUAUAUCUGGAUGAUAAAUGAAAAACUUUUGGACCUGGUAAAACAAUUUGAACUGGAUUCUACGAUAGAUUCUUCGGGUAUACGGAAAUUUCUUGCCCUGUACGCUCGCCUUUUGGAACUUAAUACAAAAUUAGUUUCUGCUUAUGAGUAUCAAAUAAUUCUUAUUUUAACAUCUGGCUUAGCUGGCAAUAUUGUGGUCAUCUAUUUUUCCAUUGUGUUUGGAAUUACCAUGGGAAAAACAUCAAUUUUUUUGGUGAUCUUUCCGCAAUCCUUGAUCAUUAAUAUUUGGAAUUUUUGGCUGACCAUUGCUGUUUGUGAUCUCACGGAAAGAGAAGGUAAAAAGACCUCAUCUAUUUUGAAACUAUUUAUUGAUAUUGAGCAUAAAGAUGUGAAACUAGAGAAAAGUCUGAAUGAAUUCUCUUGGUUAUGCAGUCACCGAAAAUUCCGUAUUGAACUAUUUGGACUUUUUCCCAUUAACUAUAAUAUGGGUUUCCAUAUGAUCAUCACCAGCUUUCUAUAUUUGCUUUAUUUGGUUCAAUUUGAUUAUAUGAAUUUGUAA